CUUCUGUUUAUCUCCUUUCUUUUUUUUCUUGGAGGGGUGGUAGUUUGCCUCUAGUGCAAAAGGGGCUAGUUGAUCACUGUGCAUGCUGACACGCCUGCUGCUGCUGGGUUCGAAGAGGUAUACUUCAUUACUUCCCUUACUUGCCUCUGGCAGCGUAGCUCCGAUCCAGAACAUCUUACUGAGUGCCAACAGCCUCAGCAAAGCGGGCUUACCUACAUUACUCUCACAGCAGCAGCAGCGUCAUAAGAUGGCGAGCACAGAGGAGAGCAAUGUCCCCGCUCCGGCGCCAGAGGCUGAGAAGCCAGUAGCCGAGCAGCCCGCGGCUGCUCCUCCUGCCAAGGAGAAGAAGGAGAAGGCUCCCAAGGAGAAGAAGGAGAAGCCGAAGAAGGAGCCCAAGCAGGACCAGGCCGAUGGCAAGAAAUCCGGCGGUGGUGCCGCUGGCGACGCCAAGGGUGGUCUGGGCCUUAAGAACAGCAAGAAGGACAACUUCGGCGAGUGGUACAGCGAGUUGGUGGUGGCCAGCGAGCUGAUCAGCUACUACGACGUGUCGGGCUGCUACAUCCUGAGGCCCUGGGCGUACGCCAUGUGGGAGGUGGUGCAGGGCUGGUUCGACAAGCGCAUCAAGCAGCUGGGUGUGCAGAACUCCUACUUCCCGCUGUUCAUCACGGAGGACGUGCUCAACACGGAGAAGGACCACGUGGAGGGAUUCGCGCCCGAGGUGGCCUGGGUCACCAAGUACGGCAACUCCACCAUGGACAAGCCCAUCGCCAUCCGACCCACCAGCGAGACGGUGAUGUACCCCUACUUUGCUCAGUGGAUCCGCAGCCACCGCGACCUGCCGCUGCGUCUGAACCAGUGGACCAACGUGGUGCGCUGGGAGUUCAAGUACCCCACGCCCUUCAUCCGCAGCCGCGAGUUCCUGUGGCAGGAGGGGCACACCGCCUUCGCCACGCAGGAGGAGGCGGAGAAGGAGGUGCUGGACAUCCUGGAGCUGUACCGCGGUGUGUACGAGGACGUGCUGGCGGUGCCGGUGACCAAGGGCCGCAAGUCCAAGAAGGAGCAGUUCGCGGGCGCCUUCUACACCACCACCGUGGAGGCGUACAUCCCGGAGACCGGCCGCGGCAUCCAGGGCGCCACCAGCCACUGCCUGGGCCAGAACUUCUCCAAGAUGUUCUCCAUCCAGUUCGAGGACGACGACCGGCAGAAGCAGCACGUGUGGCAGAACAGCUGGGGCCUCACCACUCGCUCGCUGGGCGUGAUGAUCAUGACGCACGCGGAUGACAAGGGGCUGGUGCUGCCGCCGCGGGUGGCGCCCAAGCAGGUGGUCAUCAUCCCCAUCCCCAAGGCCAACACGCCGCCGGAGAUGGUGCAGGCAAUGAUGGACAAGGUGUCGGAGUUCACUGCGGCCCUGGAGGGCGCGGGCGUGCGCGUGGUGACCGACACUCGCGCCAACUACACCCCCGGCUGGAAGUACAACCACUGGGAGCUGCGGGGGCUGCCGCUGCGCAUGGAGCUGGGGCCCAAGGACAUGGACAACAAGGCGGUGGUGCUGGCGCGCCGCGACACGGGCGCCAAGGAGUCGGUGUCCUGGGACGACGUGGUCGCCCGCGUGCCUGCGCUGCUGGAGACCAUCCAGGCCGACAUGUUUGCCGCCGCCCAUGCCCGUACCGCCGACUGCACCGAGGUGUGCCACAGCUUUGAGCAGUUCAUGACGGCGCUCAGCAACAAGCACAUGGCGCUCACCCCCUGGGCCGACGAGGAGGAGAUCGAGGAGGAGGUGAAGAAGAAGAGCACCACCCCGGACGCCAUGGGCGCCAAGACGCUGUGCCUGCCCUUCGAGGCGCCGCCGCUGCCCGAGGGCACAAAGUGCUUCUACAGCGGCAAGCCCGCCAAGAACUGGGCGCUGUGGGGCCGCAGCUACUGAGCGAGGGCUGCGGAGGUAGCGGUGGCGGAAGCCCCAGGGAGGAGAAGGCACAGGGGAGUGCGUGUGUGUGCUGUGCGCAUGGCAGGAGGCGGGAAAUGAAGAGGAGGGGGUUCAGCGGCUGUGCUGAACGCCAUCUGGCGCUGCUGCGCUGCGGCGGGCGUUCAUGAUGACAGCUGUGUGGUGGGAUGGCUUGUGCCGGAGUCCGGAGCUUGAAGCGUCCAGAAGGCGUGUGUGGCGAGAGAGUGCAUAUGAUGGGGAGCUAGGAAUGCGGCGGCAGGGGUGCUGCAGGGAAGGUACUGUUUGGAUGGAUGUUCCGGGCAGGUAGUUAGCAGUCUGCAUACUGGCCUUUUAGCUUUGGCUGUUCAAGGCCAGGAAAGCAGUGGGCGACACAGCUGCAAGUGCUGGGGUGCUGCGUGCAUAGGGUGACUCGAGUUGGAAUGGAUGACCGCUCCUUGUGACCAUUGCGCGCGAGGUCUGAUGUUUAGUGUCGCCCAGACAGUUUGCGCAGUGAGCACCUUAGCAGUGGACGUUUAUGACUGCCUGGAUCUGUAAAGCGCGUGAGGGUG